CCUUGAAAAAUUUAAAAAAUUUAAAAUGGAAAUAUCAUAAUAGCUUCAGUCAUUCUCCGUUUGUCGGCCUAACGGAAAACCAAAUUGAUGAAUUCAAUGAUGGAACCCGAACAACAUGAUAAUGAUGUGGAUGCCAUGUCGAUGGCAAGCAAUGCACCGGUGGUGACCAGUGGAAAUCGGCAGAUAAACAUCCAGAUCGCAAGUAGCCAACCACAACAGUCAGCCCAUUCAAAACAUACCACCAAUUUGUUUUCCCACUCAUCAAAUCCAAAUUCCAAUCGCAAAACCAUAACGGUAAUGUGGCAUAACCUCAUCUAUACGGUUGAACGUAAGCAAUUGAAUCUGUCGCAAUGUUUCCAUGCUGGUCGUUGUUCGCCGAUGACCAGUCAAAAACGAACCAUAUUAAAAGGUAUAACAGGUCGGUUUCAAACUGGCCAUCUGACCGCCGUCAUGGGACCAUCCGGAUCUGGAAAAUCAACAAUGUUGGAAUGUAUCGUCGGAUUCAGGAAAAAAGGACUUUCCGGCAACGUCAAUGUUGUUUGCGACCAAUCCGAUUCGAAUGUGGACAAUUUGCGAGUGGCACUCAUAUCGCAGACUGAUUAUCUAAUCGAAGUGUUUACUGUUCGUGAAAUGUUGGUUUAUGCUAGUCGCUUGAAGAAUCAUGACCGUCAAAUGCCAAUCGACGAAGAACAACAAUUGACAACGGUGGUAACCACAGUUAGUGAUGGUCAAAUCGACAAUGGCAACAGUGGAUCGAAAAACACAUUGAUUUUGCCUCAUAAAUCGGACAACUAUCACCAUCAAUUGGCUGUCAAUAUUAUUCAACGACUAGGCCUGGAUGUUUGUGCCGAUACACGGGCCGCUAAUUGUUCGGGCGGUCAGAAAAAACGCAUUUCGAUCGGUGUCGAAAUGAUAUCCAAACCAAACAUAUUGAUUUUGGACGAACCUACCAGUGGCCUAGAUAGUUCUGCUUGUUUCCAGACGGUAUCGGUCAUGCAACGUUUGACUAGAGAUGCUUAUUGUCCCACCGGUGUGGUGUGUACGAUUCAUCAACCAUCGGCUCGAGUUUUCAAUCUAUUCGACCACAUCUACAUCAUUUCCUACAAUGGCUACUGCAUUUAUGAGGGAUCACCCCAGCAUAUGCUCGAGUAUUUAUCCAAUGUUGAUCUUGUUUGUCCACAAUUUCAUAAUCCGGCCGAUUUUAUCGCUGAAGUUGCAUCGGGUGAACAUGGCCAGGAACAAGUACAACGAUUGAUCGAAGUAAAAGAGCGUAUUGAUCUUCAAAUGCCGGAUUUAAUUGUGGCAGAUCGCAGUCUAUCACAAUAUUCAUCCCAAAUCAAUUACCCGACUUUUCUGCAUAUUUGGAUUCUGUUGCAACGGACUUCCAAACAAAUUAUCCGCGAUCCCAUGUUGAAUUGGUUACGACUUUUAUCGCAUGUUACUACCGCUAUCUUUAUCGGAGUACUAUACGGCGCUGAAGUUGGUGAACCAGCACUAUGUCCACCCACAGUAUCCCCACUGAAUGAUUUGGAACAAUUUACCCAACAUCGAACAAAGUAUCAAUCUGAUUUGGUUACCACUACUGAAAACUUGUCAUUCAUAUUCUUCACUCUCAUGUUCACAUUGUUCGGUGCAAUGAUGCCCAUCAUUAUGACAUUUCCUGAUAAUUUGAAUGUUUUGAAAAAGGAAAAAACUAACGGCUGGUAUAGUUUGGCUGCCUAUUAUACGGCGCUCUCCGUUGCCGAGAUACCGUUCCAGAUAUGUUUCCCAACAUCAUUCGCAGUGAUUGGCUAUUUGAUGACUGGUCAGAUAAUGAGUGUCAAACGUUUUGGUCUAUUCAUCUUGAUCAAUAUUCUGAUGGCAUUCACCGCUCAGAGUCAGGGAUUGCUGAUUGGUGGUCUGUUCAUGUCGGAUGCUAGUGCAGCCGUAUUCCUUGGGCCAAUCACCACCGUACCGAUAAUGUUGUUUGGUGGUUUUUUCGUUCGCAUAUCAACUAUCCCGAGUUAUUUGAAAAUUUUCGGCUAUACUUCCUAUUUGCGAUAUGCAUUCGAAUUGAUGAUAAUGACCAUUUAUGGAUUGGAUCGUUGUCAAUUAACCCCACAACAACUAGCCGCCUUGAAUGAAACUGCUGAAAAACCUGAAUGGAUGGGAAUGGCGUCGAUGAUUCUGGGUGAGGGCGGUGAAAAAUUUCUGGAUGGCUUCACACGAAGUUUAGGUGGCACAUUUGAUCCCAGUUUAGGCAAAAAGUAUGCAUCAUCAUUGUUGGACCAAUUCGAUGUCGAUGAAAAUUAUUUCUACAGUCAUUUCGCUAUACUCCUUCUGUUUGUUGCCGUAUUACGUUUGCUGACCUAUUUUGUGGUCUCGAUCAAAAUCAACAAAAGCGAUUGAACCAGAUCAAUUUAGUAGACUUGUUCCAUUUCUUUAUAGAGCAUCCUAUCUUAUUUGAUUUUAAUAAA